UUAAGCUCCAAAUGCUACCCGCGAUAAUUCUACAUUGCGAGAUCACGCAUUGAUCAAUUUCAACAGCAGAUGAGCUUGGAACGGAGAGCCAUCGCUCAGUAACAGUUGGCAAUGGCGGAUUUAGAACGCGUGCCCUCCGCGUCAGAGGAUGCAGGCCCACCGCGAAAGAAGUUCAAGACUUCAGACUUACCGCUUUCUGCGGCCAAACGCUCUGCGAUCGAUGGGCUCCUACAUACGUUCAAGAAGAAGGGAGAAUUCGACAGACUCAGAAAGGCAGUCUGGGCCAAAUAUGACAGCGGCGAUGCAAAGUCUUCUCUAGUCAACUCUAUAACUGAGGUGGCCGAAUCAGAGAUUGACCGUGAUCCUUCACUUCUUUCGCGGGAUCGUGGCAAGGCUGCGCCGCUGAUUGAAGGCGCCGUGGAUCGAAGCGACAUUUACAAAUCCGUCGAAGCAGAUAUUGCUCGUUUCAUCGAUCAGGAUAUCACUCACGUCGAAGAUGCUCUACGCGCUAUACGACAGAACGAAAUUGGCGAAGCUGCUGCUGCUGAGGAAGAACGGAUCGGUAGCAAACCAGAAGAGGAAUACGAGGAAGAGGCAGCGGUUCGACAUGCUGAAAGGGAAAGAAUUCGCAAGGAAGAACUGGAGAAGGAAGCAGAAAUUGAAAAGGAGAAAGAGCGGAUCAAGGCGGAAGAGAAGCGAAAACAACGCGAGGAAGACCUUCGACAGGAGGAGGAAGCGCGAAGAAGAGCGGAAGAGCGUGACGAGCAAAGGAGAAUUGAACGUGAAAAGGAGCGAGAAAGGGAGAGAGAACUCGACCGUCAACGCGAUAGGGAGCGAGAAGAGCGUCGCGAACGACGACGACAGGAAGACGCAAGAGAACGAGACCUUAGAGACGCGGCCUGGCGCGAAAGAGAUUCCUCUAGGAGACGGUCGCUUGCCAGGGACGAUCGUGAUCGAAAAUCAACUAGAGAACCUACUCCUCGACCUUUGGAGGACAAAGACCUCGAUGAUAUUGCGCUGCAAUUGCUUCUCAAGGAGGGCCAAGAACUCGCGGCCAAAGCGCGCCAACGGCCAGAAAUGGAGCGUUCUGAAUCUCUUGAACCCCCACUACGUAAAGGACAAGUGGGCAAGCCUUCCCAGCCCGAGCCUCGACCGGCAGACACAUCUCGCCUCUCGUCCCAUCCUGAAGGAGCAGGCAGAGAUAAAAAGGAUCGCAGCCCUUCGCCCGGCCGGAGAUCAGUACAUAAUGACCAUGAGCGCGAACGAGAGCGAGACCGCGAUCCCAGCCGCGACCGAGGCCGUGAUCGUGACCGAGCAAGAGACCGCUACAGCGUAGAUCGGUCUUAUCGAGGCAGCAGGAGCCGUAGCCCACGGCGUUACACUCGGCAAUGGGACGAUGACAGACGCCCGCACGACAUUUAUCGUGGCUCGCGCAGAGAUUCAACUCCUCCAAGGAGCCUUUCCAGAACACGAGACCGCGACUAUCGCCGCAGACGCAGUCCCAGCCGCACUCCUCCGCCUCGUCGCCGGUAUGACCACUCUCGCUCUCGCUCUCGCAGCCCACCGCCACGCCGACGAGGCAGGAGCCGGUCUCGCACGCCGCCUCUUCCACCGCGAGAUCGAGACCGAGAUAGCUACCGCGCUCGAUCUCGCAAUCGCAGAGUCUCUCCUCGACGGAGAUACUCCCGCUCCAGAAGUCCCGGAGGAGACAUGGACUCAUAUCGCCCCGGUGGUGGCAGUGGCGGAGGUCGGAGAACAAGCCGUAGCCCACCUCCGUUAAGCCGUCGAGCCGCUUCCAGAGACCGACACGAGCGACCCCGAGAUACUUAUGAUCGAUAUGUUCCUGGUGGUGCUAGUGGCAGCGGUGGCCGCGGUGGUGGCGACCCAGACGCAGACAAUGACAGAUUGCCGCUGCCGCAUCCGCCCCCACCCCGAAAACGUAGCCGCUCGAGACGCCGCAGCCCAAGUCCUGAUCGACGAAGACGAACUAGUCCAAGUCCCCAUCGCCGCAAGAGGAGUCUGAGCCCACCUCCUCGUCGAAGAAGCCACAGCCGAAGACGAGGCCGGAGUCCCAGCCCUCUCAUCAGCAGCAGAAGGCGCGACAGGGAGAGUGACCGAGACCGAGACCGUGAUCGCGACCGGGUUCGAGAUCGUGACGCAGACAGAGACAGAGACAGGGACACCCGCAGAGAACGUGAUCGCAGUCGCCGCAGGAGUUAUAGCCGGCGCCGAAGCCCGAGCCGUACUCGCAGACGCAGCUCCAGUCGGCCAAGGACGUCCAGGCGGUACGAUUAGGUUAUUCUUGUGAGGUGAUUUAAAAUGCGUUCCAGAUAUCACUAUAUCCAUUGCGGAUAUCAAUUUGAAGGACAUCAGUUGGACGAUUUUGGCAGGCUUCGUUUUUCACCGGCUGCGUUUGGGUCUUGGCCUGGCCUGGCCUCCAAUUAUUUUCCUCUCUUGACCAGAAAGGGAACAGUAAAAAAAAAGCACUCAGAGGCCUUGAACUGGAACUAUUUCUUUUAGAAACGUUGUACAAUAUUAUUCUCUCGCCUUUGGGGCAGCAUUAUCCAAAAUUUCUUGUCUGCAGAGAGAUUAAACAGAGAGAGAUAAAGGGUCAUAUUCAUCUCUAAGGUAUCAGAUCGGACUUUGGCGCUGCGGCACGUAGCAUCCUCAAUAUUGGAGGGUGUUUAGCAGGGAAAAGGUGACUUGAAAAGAUAUUAUCGAUAUGGUCAAAGUAAAUUGAUCAUGCCAGAGGGCGAAUCAGCGGACUGCAGGAGCUAGAGAAAUAAGCAAUAC